GUCUGGUAAGCUCUCCAUGAGACAUUUUUUUCUGUUUGGAGAUUGACUAAUUAUUUUAAAAUUUGUAUUGAAAAAUACAUAUGUGAAAAUAGCUAGGCAACCUUUGAGAAGGUAUAAAGGGUGAGCUUUCUCAGUAUUUAAAAAUGUUGUACUAUUGCAGGACUAAGCACAUCAAUGAAACAGUAGAGCAGGUGGUUUCAAAGUGCUAGUUCAUAGAUUUGGCAUAUCAGAAACUCCAGGAGGAGCUUUUUAACUGUAUAGGUUCCACGGUCCCACUCCUGAUUUUAUAGGUUUUGGCAGGUCCUAGGAUUUGUAUAGGUCAACAUGAUUCCCAUUAUGACAUAUUUGAGAGCCUCUAAUCUACACUACCUUUUGCAACAAGAACAAGAAACAAAAGGACACAUGAACCAUGAGUUGAGCUGACAGGAUUCUUAGGAUAAGCAGUUUAAGGGUUGGAAGAAAAGCUUUUCUGGGGGUUGGGGAAAAAAUAUCUUUAGGAUGUGAGUGUAUGUACCAUUGUGGCAACAUGAUCUCUGCUGGGACAGGUUUGAGAAUCAUCAUAACCUACGUGACAGGGAGUGGGAGGAUGGGGUAAUGUGGUAACAAGAACAACUAUUUUGGGUUGCAAAAAUUUAGGAGACUGUGGUACACUGGCAUCAUAGAAAGGGUCGUGUGUGUUGACAUUGGCUAAGCCUCUCUGUGCACUGACUGUCUCCUCUAGUCGUCUCCCUAUCCUGUAUGGUAACAUCCCAUAUCCCUGGAUGAAAAGGGGGGCAUUUCUUGACAGUGGUAGAUGGAGUAAGUUUCCAGAUGUGACUGUUGACCUCAGGUUGUUGGUUUGUCUUCCGGAAUCUCAUCUAGUUAUGAUGGAAGCCCUAGCUGGGGCGCCCCUGCAUCUUAUAAACACAGAGCUACACAGGGUGACCUUCAGGAUCUGGCAUCUGUAGAUAAGAUGAACACUAUGCAGUAAAUCCCACCUAGAAGAUACAGAGAUGACACAGAAUUCCAGCAGCCAAAUCCUGCCCCCCCUUCCAAAGGAAUGGUGAAGCACAGCUGGGAGACUAUGACAAAAGCGAUUCAGAACCACAUCCGCUCUCUAAACUUUGGCUACGGGUUGUCUUUGAGGGAAAAGGCUGUGGCCUAUGUCAAUUCCUACGGAGAAUUUGUUGAACAUCACAAAAUAAAGGCAACCAAUAAAAAAGGACAGGAAACUUAUUAUACUGCUGCACAGUUUGUCAUAGCAACAGGUGAAAGGCCGCGGUAUUUAGGAAUCCAAGGAGAUAAAGAAUACUGUAUUACCAGUGAUGACCUUUUUUCUCUGCCUUAUUGCCCUGGUAAAACGUUAGUGGUGGGUGCCUCUUAUGUCGCCCUGGAGUGUGCAGGGUUUCUGGCUGGCUUUGGCCUAGAUGUCACAGUUAUGGUACGCUCAAUCCUUCUCCGUGGCUUUGACCAAGAAAUGGCAGAGAAAGUGGGUUCCUACAUGGAGCAGCAUGGUGUGAAGUUCCUAUGGAAAUUCAUACCUGUGAUGGUUCAACAGUUGGAGAAAGGUUCACCUGGAAAGCUGAAAGUAUUGGCUAAGUCCACUGAAGGAACAGAAACAAUUGAAGGAGUCUAUAACACAGUUUUGUUAGCUAUUGGUCGUGACUCCUGCACGAGGAAAAUAGGCUUGGAGAAGAUUGGUGUCAAAAUUAAUGAGAAAAGUGGAAAAAUACCUGUAAAUGAUGUGGAACAGACCAAUGUGCCAUAUGUCUAUGCUGUUGGGGAUAUUUUGGAGGGUAAGCCAGAGCUCACUCCUGUCGCCAUACAGUCAGGCAAGCUGCUAGCUCGGAGACUUUUUGGGGCCUCUUUAGAAAAGUGUGAUUAUAUUAAUGUUCCAACUACAGUGUUUACUCCUCUGGAGUAUGGUUGCUGUGGAUUAUCUGAAGAGAAGGCUAUUGAAGUAUAUAAAAAAGAGAAUCUAGAAAUAUAUCAUACUUUGUUCUGGCCUCUUGAAUGGACAGUAGCUGGCAGAGAGAACAACACUUGUUACGCAAAGAUAAUCUGCAAUAAAUUCGACCAUAAUCGGGUGAUAGGGUUUCAUAUUCUUGGACCAAAUGCCGGUGAGGUUACCCAAGGAUUUGCAGCUGCAAUGAAAUGCGGGCUCACAAAACAGCUACUUGAUGACACCAUUGGAAUUCACCCCACAUGUGGGGAGGUGUUCAUGACUUUGGAAAUCACAAAAUCCUCAGGACUAGACAUCACUCAGAAAGGCUGCUGAGGCUAGGCCUGCUGCUGUUUAGUUUUCUUUGUCAUAUUCUCAUUUCUCUCCAAGAUAAAAAUGUUCUCAGAUAAAAUGAGCCUGUGCUCAUGACAGCUGCUCUGUUACUCAGGGACCAGUACAGGGCUCUCUUAUGACACUGAGAUGAGAAAGUAGACAAGGAGACAGGACAGCAGCAGGCAUCUAUCUGCCUUGUGGUCUCGCUGACUGCGAGAAGCAGUGGGACUGCUUCCUUGACGCCUUAGCUCGAAGCCCUGUUACGAGGUGAGCCAAGGCUGAUUCUCGCAAGCGAGGACUGAGCUUUCCUCGGAAAGACCUUUGAGUGGCACCAUUCACCUAAAUUAGCUUUUCUGAUCGCCAGUUAUCCCCUUUGCUUUGUUGUUUCUAUGAAAAUAUAUUUUCAGUUAUGAAA